AUGAAAUUUAGUUCCAGUGCUUUGUUAGCCAUUUUAUCGGCUAUAGUCACUGUUCAAGCAGGUUCCACCAAGAAGGUUUCAUACGAAGGUGUUGGAUACUCAGGUUCAUACCAAGAUGUCACUGCCAUGGACGAAGACUCGGGAUCUUGUAGUCAAGAAUCUAAGAGUUUCUCUGGUAAGUUGGCUCCAUUAGAUGAAGAAUUAUCUGCUCACUUCAGAGGUCCUUUGAAGUUAUUGCAGUUUGGUGUCUACUACCCAUCUUCAGGAUCUAGCAACAAAAAGAGAGAAGAUGAAGAAGAAUGUACCACCAAACACGUUCACCACAAGCAUAAGAGAGCCACUGAAGUCGUUGAAGUCACCCAAACUGUCAUUGUUGAUGGUAAUGGUAAUACCCAAACCUCAUUAGCCACCACCACUGCCACUGCCGGUUCUGGUAACGAUGACGAUCAAGACACCACUCAAACCUCUACUGCAUCUGCUGCUGCCACCGGUGGCUCUGGUUCUGGCUCUGAUUCCGGUUCCAAGAAGGGCUCUUCUGCCUCUUCAUCCUCGAGUGCUUCUUCUUCUGAAUCAUCUUCUGAAUCAUCUUCUGAUUCUUCUGUCGCUGCUGGUGACUGGGAAAGGGUUGCUUACUAUACUCCAGGUUCUGCUGACAACGUCACCUUCUUAAACUACUAUGGUGGUUCUGGCUCUGGGGUCUGGUCUUCUUCUUUCGGUAACUCCUUGUCUUACGCUAACAGCGAUGCCUCUGGUGGAUCAUCAGAGUCUGUCGCUUUAGAUGAAACCACAAUUGACUCUAAUGUUGAAUAUGUUAUCAUGUCUGGUUCUAAGUGUGACGGUGACGACUGUGGUUUCUACAGAGAAGGUAUUCCAGCUUACCACGGGUUCGAUGGUAACACCAAGAUCAUGGUUUUCGAAUUCGAAAUGCCAACCGCUACUGACUCUGCUUCUUACAACUAUGAUAUGCCAGCUAUCUGGUUAUUGAAUGCCAAGAUUCCAAGAACCUUACAAUAUGGUAACGAAAAAUGUUCUUGUUGGAAAACUGGUUGUGGUGAAUUAGACUUAUUCGAAGUCAUCACUUCUGGCUCUGAUGAAUUAAUCUGUCACUUACAUGAUGGUCAAGGUAGCAAUGGUUCUGCCCAAGGUGGUGGUGGUUCUUCUGACUACUUCGAAAGACCAACUUCUGGUUCUAUGAAGGCUGCUGUUAUCUUCAGCAAUGGUGAAAUUAAUGUUGUUCAAGUUGAUGAUGACUUCGGAAGCUCUCUUGACUCUUCCACUGUCAAGUCAUGGACUAGUCAAUCCGGUUCCAAGGCCAUCCUUCAAGGUUAG